AUGGCAGAAAAAAAAAAACAAAAUCGACCAUUAGAGGAAAACAAUAAAAACCACUCUUUAGAAUUGGAAACUCAAAUACUGUCGCAAAAUAACAAUAGAAUUUCAAUUCAAAUUAUGGACGAUUUUAGAAUUAUGUGGUUAAAACAUAUCCUAUCAAAUAUGACUGGAGUUUUUGAUUUAAAUUAUACAAAUGCUGUUUUUGAUGAAAACGUUGAUGCAUUUGUACGAUUUCUGGAUGUAGAUUACAAAAGAAUACAAGAUAUUGAUUGUGCUGUACUAUACGCAUGGAGAACAUUUUAUGAUAAAUGGAUUGAAAAGGAAAUAACAGUAUUGGAAGAAGUGCCUCCACCACCGCCCCCACCCAAGGAAAAAAAGGGUAAAAAAGGAAAAGAUAAGAAGAAGGGAGGAGGUGGUGAACCACCAGCUGAAGCAACUGCUAUAACAUCAGAUGGAGAAUCAGGAGAUGAUGCAAGCUUCAGUGACGAUGAUGAUGAUUUUGUUGGCAAAAAAGGACGAAAGAAACAAAAGAAAGAAAAGAAAAAACCAGAACCGAUUUACAUUGAAGUGCAGAAAAUUAUUCAAGUAAAAAUUAAGGAACCUUUAAUGCAUUGUCAUUUUGGCGCAAUGGAUCCUUCUGCCAUAGAUCCAAAUAUAAAAUAUAUAUAUUUAGUAAGAAAAUAUCCGCAUGCCAUACCUAAACAAAAUUCUGUAACAGAAGCUUUUUGUGAACUACCGAGAUAUUUUCUGUACGGAACUCUUGAGGGAAAUAUUUUCAAAAAUUUUAAAGGCUUGUUAGAUAGGUACAAAAUUGCGAUCGAAUUAAAAUUUCGUGAACCUAAAUGGAUUGAAUCAAAACUUCUUCAAGGUGAAACAGAAGAAUCAACACCUCCACCGCAAGAAACUGCAACAAGUGCCAAUGAUAUGACAAAAAACACCAAAUCCACUGAUGAAGUUGGUUUACUUGAGUUAUCAAGACCGUCUGAAUUUAGAUCAAUUGCUGCCAAAAUACAAAAAAAAUUAGAAAAACUUGAAACAAAAAAGGCUCAAUUGGAGGCUUUAAAGAAAGAAUCGGAAUCAGAAAAAAAAUCACAAAGUAUAUAUGAUGAAGAAGACGAAGCAGAAAUGACUUCUGACAAAUUUCACGGUUCUGAAUACGAAUCAGAAGGGAGAAUAAUACCAAAAACCACAGUUGACGAACGUUGGGAUAAAUUAAUUGAAGAUACACAUGAAUUGGUUGAAAGAAAACGUUAUUUAAGAGAGCAUGGUGAAAUUAAAAUGCAACCUCUACAAGAAAGAAUAUAUCGUCAACUUGAUAUUAUGUGUACAGAAACUGAAUGGACUUUAGAACAUAUAGUUUGGGAAUUCACAUUACCAACAACAUACAGCGUAAUUAAAUUAGCAGUUGAUGGCACUGAAGAUGAAGAAAUCAUUAAAAUUGAUGUUAAAAAGGCUGAUGUUUAUGAGUAUCCUUUAGAUGUUUUAGAAAAUGUAGUCAAAAAUUGGAUGAUACAUAUUAAAGAAAUAAGAAAAAAAUUAAAAGAUAUGGAACUGGAAGAAUUCACACCAAUGGCUGAGUAUAAAAAGUGGCACAAUAAAGAGUUGGAAUUGUAUAUAAUUUUGGAACAAUUAAAAACAAAUUUUGUCACAUCUGUCUUAGAUAUUUUAAAGGAGGCAAAAUCACCUUUAUUUACACAAUGGAACGAUUUUGUUAAUGAUGUUACUAUUGAAUACAAAUUGACCAGAGAAAAUUCUGAUUAUAUAUCAACAAUAAUUGAAUAUUUAAAGAAAAUACGUUCAUAUAACGAUUUUCAAUUUGUGUUCUCUUUGAUCCCAAAUUUAAUGGUUGGCUUGAGGCAUAUAUGGACAAUGUCAAGCUACUAUUGUCGUGAUGAUGCGAUGCAGGUGCUUUUAUGUCAGAUAUCGUAUGUUUUUACCGAUAAAGUUAAGGGAAUUGUGAAAUUGGAUAGAAUAUUUAAGCGUUCAGCACAACAAACUUAUGAAAUGGCUACCAAUUGUGCAAAUUUAUUAAAAACAUGGAAAAAAUCAUAUUUAGAUAGUCGUAAAUUUAUUGAAGAGACGGCUGGAUCACGAUGGGAAUUCGAUAGAGCGGCAUUAUUUACAGAAGUUGAUCAUAUUUAUAAAAUUAGUAAAGACAUUGCAUAUAUUGGAAAAGUUUUUCUUCAAUUUGAAAAUUUAUUUAGUUUCCGUUUAAAAGCGAUUAUAACAGAUCCAUCAAUGGUUGAUGAAUUGAUGAAAAAAGUUUAUCAUAUAUUAGAUGAUAUUAUUGUUGUUGAUUAUGAUAUUUUUCGUCCCACUAAUUUAGCAGAUUGGGAUGAUACAAUGUCAAAUUUUAAUAAGCGUGUAGAAUUAAUGGAAUUGGAAGCACAAAAUGUUAUUGAUAAUUGUAUGGCGACAUUACAUUCAUCUGAUAAAGGAUUAAUGUUUAUACAAGAAGUUUUUAAUAUUGAUACAAGAGAUGUAUUAACUGAACAUGUCAAAAAUAAAUAUGAAAAUGUUUCAAGGUUUUUUUUAAGUGAAAUAGCUCAUAUAACACAUGAAUUCACUCAAAAUAAAAAAACACCACCAUUAUCGAUACAUGAGCCACCGGGUGUUGGUGCCAUAAAAUGGUCAAGAUUAAUGUCAACAAAGUUAAAAAGUUCUGUUAUUGCAUUCAAAAAAUUGGAAAAUAUUCCAAAUUUAAAAAAUAGUUAUCAUCGUAGAAAUGCUUUUCAUGAAUAUUUAAAAUUAAUGAAUAAUAUGUUUGCUUAUGAAAAGGAAAUUUUUGACACGUUUAUUUAUAAAGCAACUUAUGUUGUGAAUUCUGUUUUAAGAAACAAUUUAAUUUUAAUACAGAUAUGUAAACCGGAAACGUUAAAUGAAAUUGCUGGAAAUAUUGAUACUCCAGCAAGAAAGCAUCUAGAAAGUGACCGUGAAGAUUUCCGCUGUAAAAUAACAAGAUUUACUGUAAUGGUUACGUUAGUUAUGUGGUUAACAUCCUUAUCUGGUCGAGUUAACUAUCAAAUUAAGAGAGCUUACAAUUAUAUUACUGAAAAGGAGGGCCAAAAACAUUUAACUGAAAAACAAAAAUUCAGAAUAAAACAGUGUAAACUUCUAAUUAGAGCCUUUGAACAAGAAGGCUUACCAGCAUGGAGGGAUAUGGUUGGCGAUUCAGUAUUAAUUGAAAUGGAGAUGCAUUUUCAAGUUAAUUUUUCAAGAGAAAUUUUCGAUGUCAUGUUUGAAGGACAACAAUUUGAACAUUUGGGAUUUCAACUACCUGGAGCUUUACGUACAGCAAUUAUGAGAAAGCAAUUAUUAUUUGAGGAUUUUGAAGCUGUAACAAAAAUUGUGGAUAAAUACAAUUCUAUAAUUGAAAAUUUAUCUUUGUCUGAGGUUGAUUUGCUUCGCGAUCAUCUAUAUGAAAUUGAAAAGGCUAUUCAGGCUGGUGUUGGACGCUAUACUUGGCAAUCUUUCAAUAUUAAAAAAUUUUGUAAUAAUAUUAGCAUUCUAUUAAGGAAACUUUCAUCGGUAGUAACAACCAUAAAUAACAUUCGAAUGGAUAUAAGAAGUCGAAUUGAACAAAUUCAAGGAUUCAAUUUAUUUGAAAUCGAUGAACCGAAAGAAAUUAAAGAAAAACUUAGUCCUAACCAAAUUGUUGGUGGUGAAAAUACAGAUGAUGGUGAUUAUUUUAUAAAAUUAAAUAAGACGAGAAAUGAGAAAAGUUGUCGAAUGAAAAAAUGCUAUGAAUCAAUUGGACCAGUUUUAAUUAAACUAGAAAGUCUUCUACUUGGAACUUUUACCGGAAGAUCACAAAAAAUGAAAGAAUAUUAUACUUUUUGGGAAUCUCAAGCAUUUACUUGUAUAUUAAAUUUGUGUAACAAAAAUUUAGAAAAUUAUAUUAAAUUAUUGGCUGGAGAUAAACCAAUUUUUGAAGUGAAUGCAGUUCUUUUAUCACCUGAAGUUGUAUUGAGUCCAAGUCGAGCCGAAGUGCUAAAUAUGAUGACACAAAGUGGAAAAGAUGUCUUAGAGAGAGUGAAAAUUUUUACACGUUGGAUGAAUGGUACUUGUUUAGAAUGCCUUCCAAUGAAAGAUGCAACUAAAGAUAAUGAAAAAUAUAAUUUUACAUUUUAUGAAGAUAUUAUUCAGCUUGAAAGUAUUACAGGACUUAUUAAGAAAAUUGAAGUUAUUGCACAAAGAGCAUUGAAGGAAGCAUCAAACUAUAUACAAAAAUUUCGUAAUUUUCGUAAUCUCUGGAUGUAUGAUAAAAUAACAUUAUGUGAAAAAUUCAUUAAUCGUGGUCUACCGUUAAUACAAAUUGAUGAAAAAUUCCGUUUUUACUCAAAUAUUAUACAAGAAUUAAAUCGUUCACAAACUUAUAGUGAUGUCAAAUGUAUACGAAUUAAUUUAAAACCACUAACAAAUUGUAUAAGUGAACAUGCACUUGAGUGGAAAAAUACAUUGGGUGAAAUAUUGGCCGCAAGAAAUAAACAGGCAAUGAUAACUUUAGAGGAAGAAUUUGGAGUAUUGCGGAGGAAUGUAGAUCGCAGUACAAAAUAUUUGAAUGAUUUUAAAACUGUUAUGUCAUCUGCAGUUAAAAUUCAAACAACUUCCUUGUCUGUUGAAUUGAAAAUUAAACAAAUGCAAGAAACAUUCAAUGUUUUAAAGGAACACGAAAUUAAGUUCAAUUAUUCUGAUAUGUUAAUGUCAUAUUAUUUAGAGAAAAAAUGGAAGCGAUUGUUCAGAUCAGCGAUAUUUCGAAUGGGAAAAUUGCAGCCAAUUAAACAAAAAUUUGCUAAUUUGACCUCUGUGGAAAUUUCAACAUUUUUAACAGAUUUGACAAAUUUCAUCGAAGAUUUUGAAAAAAAUGGACCUGGAUCUGUUGGUACUGAUUUAGAUCGAGGAGUAAAAUUAAUGGAAACCUAUGGACAAAAAUUUGAAAAUAUUGAAGCCAGACGAUAUGAAUUAGCCAGUGCAGAAAAAUUGUUUGAUUUGCCUCUUACGGACUACACUGAUUACUUAAAAUGUCGAGCAGAUUUUGAUGGAAUGUCUCAUAUAUUUCGAUUAUAUAAGCAGCAACGAUUGGGUCGUGAAACAUGGGCUAAAACAUUAUGGAUUGAUUUAGAUCCACUUGUAUUAACUGAAGGAAUUGAAAUGUACCUAAAAGAAUUUCGUAAACUUCCAAAACCGAUUCGUAGUUUAAAUGUUGGCCAAGAAUUAGAGUUACAGAUGAAGCAAUUUAAGAACACUGUUCCACUAAUGAUAAGUUUAAAAAGUGAGGCACUUAGGGAACGGCAUUGGCAUCUUUUAAUGGAAAAAACUGGCAUACAUUUUGAUAUGAGAGCUGAUAGAUUUACAUUACAAAAUAUGUUUCAAAUGGAAUUACAUCGAUACCAGGAUGUAGCUGAACAAAUUCUUAAUAAUGGAAAUAAGGAGCUUGGAAUUGAGAAAGGUGUUAAGGAAAUCGAAAAAAUUUGGGCGAAAAUGUCAUUUAAAGUUAUUAAACAUUUUAAGGCAAACGAAGAUAGAGGCUAUACAUUAGCUCCUGUUGAUGAAAUUAUUCAAGUACUUGAAGAUAACUCAAUGAAUUUACAGUCAAUGGCUACUUCACAAUUCGUUGGACCAUUUUUACAAACCGUAUUAAAAUGGGAACGUUGUUUAGCUUUGGUGUAUGAGGUCAUCGAUGAAUGGAUGGCUUGUCAAAGAAAAUGGUUAUAUUUAGAAGGAAUAUUUAUUGGAGGUGACAUUAGAACUCAAUUGCCCGAAGAAGCAAAAAAAUUUGAUGAUAUUGACAAAGUUUAUCGUCGAAUAAUGAUGGAAUGUGCGAAAAAUCAACUUAUUAUACCACUAUGUAGUGAUGAUGGUCGUUUACAAGAACUACAAAAUCUUAGUAUUGGUCUAGAUAAAUGCCAAAAAUCUCUCAAUGAAUAUCUGGAUAGCAAAAGGAGAAUUUUUCCACGUUUUUAUUUUAUCUCUACAGAUGAAUUGCUAUCAAUUUUAGGCAGCAGUGAACCGACUGCCGUGCAAGAUCAUAUCAUUAAAAUGUACGAUAAUAUAAAAUCACUAAAGUUUGUUAACGAUUCUAUGAAUUUACCAACAGUAAUAGCAAUGGUAUCAAGUGAGGGUGAAACUAUGGAACUUAGAAAUAACGUUAAUGCAACUGGACGUGUUGAAGAAUGGAUGAACAUUGUUUUAGAAGAAAUGAGAAAAACAAAUCGGUUUAUAACGAAAAAGGCAAUUUAUGAUUAUGGAAAAAACCUCGAAAGAGCAAGAGCUGAUUGGAUAUUAUUAUACCAAGGUAUGAUUUGUUUAGCUGGUAAUGGAGUUUGGUGGACAGCUGAAGUUGAAGAAGUAUUUGAAAAAAUUAAAAAAGGUAAUAAAAGAGCUAUGAAAGAAUAUUUAGAAAAACAAAACAAACAGAUUGAAGAAUUGGUAUAUAAGGUUCGAUCAAAUUUAUCUAAUAAUGAUCGAGCAAAAUUUAAAACAAUAACAACCGUUGAUGUUCAUGCUCGUGAUAUAAUUGAAACUUUUGUUCGUGAUAAUAUAUUGGAUGCUCAAGCAUUUAGCUGGGAAAGUCAAUUACGAUUUUAUUGGAUUAAACAAUUUGAUAACUUGUAUGUUGUACAAUGUACUGGACGUUUUGAUUAUGGUUAUGAAUAUAUGGGUUUAAAUGGACGUUUAGUAAUAACACCAUUAACUGAUCGAAUAUAUUUAACAAUAACACAAGCUCUAUUAAUGAAUUUGGGUGGAGCACCAGCUGGGCCAGCUGGCACUGGUAAAACUGAAACAACAAAAGAUUUAGCUAAAGCUAUGGCUUUAUUAUGUAUUGUUACAAAUUGUGGUGAGGGUAUGGAUUUUUUGGCAUUUGGUACAAUAUUAGCUGGAAUUGCGCAGUGUGGUGCAUGGGGAUGUUUUGAUGAAUUUAAUCGAAUUGAUAUAUCUGUUUUGAGUGUAAUCUCAACACAAUUACAAACGAUUCGAAGUGCCUUGAUUAGAAAAUUGAAAGAAUUUUUGUUUGAAGGCAAUAUGAUAUCAUUAGAUUCAAAAGUUGGUGUUUUUAUUACAAUGAAUCCCGGUUAUGCUGGACGAACUGAGCUUCCGGAAUCUGUAAAAGCAUUAUUCAGACCAGUUACAUGUAUUAAACCAGAUUUAGAAUUGAUAUGUUUAAUAUCAUUAUUUUCUGAUGGAUUCUUAACUGCAAAGGUCUUGGCAAAAAAGAUGACUGUUUUAUAUAAACUGGCACAAGAACAAUUAUCAAAACAAUGUCAUUAUGAUUGGGGUUUACGUUCAUUGAAUUCAGUUUUAAGAAUGGCCGGUGUUGCAAAAAGAACAUCUGGUGAUGCACCAGAAGCUGUCGUUUUAAUGCGUGUGUUACGUGAUAUGAAUUUUCCAAAAUUUGUUUAUGAAGAUGUUCCAUUAUUUUUGGGUCUAAUAAAGGAUUUGUUUCCGGGAGUGGAUUGCCCUCGUGUUGAUUAUCCGGAUUUUAAUGCUGCUGUUCGUCAUAUUUUAAAUGAAGAUGGAUAUAUUUUAUUAUCAGAACAGGAAGAUAAGGUAGUGCAAAUGUAUGAAAUUAUGAUGACCCGACACUCAACAAUGCUUGUUGGACCAACAGGUGGAGGUAAAACUGUUGUUAUGAAUACUUUAGUUAAAGCCCAAUGUUAUAUGGGAUUACCAACUAAAUGCAUAGUACUUAACCCAAAGGCUUGCUCAGUGAUUGAAUUAUAUGGUUACCUAAAUCCUGAUACAAGAGACUGGUUCGAUGGUUUAUUUUCAAAUAUAUUUAGGGAUAUGAAUAAACCAAUAGACAAAGAGGAGAGACGAUAUGUUUGCUUUGAUGGCGACGUUGAUGCUUUAUGGAUUGAAAAUAUGAAUUCAGUUAUGGAUGAUAACAAAUUGCUGACUUUAGCAAAUGGUGAACGUAUACGUCUAGAGAGCUAUUGUGCUUUAUUAUUUGAGGUUGGAAAUUUAUCGUAUGCAUCUCCAGCCACAGUAUCUAGAGCUGGUAUGGUAUAUGUUGAUCCAAAAAAUUUGAAAUACGAACCAUAUUGGAAGCGUUGGAAAAAAACCCGGCCUUUAUAUGAACAAGAAACUUUAAAUGACUUUUACGAGAAAUUGAUACCACCUACAAUAGAUUUUAUAUUAGAAGGAAUAGAUGGAACACAACAGGGUAAUCCAUUGAAACAAGUUAUACAUCAAACGGAUUUAAAUAUGGUUGUACAAUUUUGUAAUACAUAUGAAGCAAUAUUUCAAUUAAAAAAUGAGGAAGGUGAAAAUAUUGAAUACAAAAAAGAUGCUCUAGAAUGUGGCUUUAUAGAGUGUGUCUAUUUAUCAUUGGGAGCCAGUAUCCUUGAAUGUGAUCGUCCUAUUUUUGACGAAUUUAUUAAACGUAGUUCUGGUUUCAUGUUAGUUGAAGAUACAAUUGAAAAACCAGCUGAAGGUGGACAAUUACCAAUAUCAAAAGCAUUGUUAUAUGAUUAUUUUUUUGAUAUUAUAAAAUUACAAUGGAUUUGUUGGGAAUGGAAUGUACCAAAAUAUAAACAUGAUCAUAAUGCUAAUUUUUGUGAUAUUUUGGUUCCAACAAUCGAUACAAUGAGAACUGAUAAAAUUUUAAAUUUAAUGAGUCAGAUAAGGCGCCCUUCAUUAUUAAUAGGUGAAACUGGAACAUCAAAGACUGCUAUCAUAACAAACUACUUAAAGAAACUUAAUCCGAAUACUUUUAUUAUGCUUAAUAUAAACUUUUCAUCACGAACUUCAUCAAUAGAUGUUCAAAGGACAAUUGAAGGUUCAGUCGAAAAAAGAACUAAAGAUACAUUUGGUCCACCGCUUGGAAAGAAAAUUACAGUUUUUAUUGAUGAUAUGAAUAUGCCACAAGUGGAUGCGUAUGGUACACAACAACCUAUUGCUCUAUUAAAACUAUUAUUUGAAUAUGGUGGAAUGUAUGAUCGUAUAAAAGAUUUAAAUUGGAAAAAAAUUAAAGAUUUAACAUUUUAUGCGGCAAUGGGCUGUCCUGGUGGUGGUAGAAAUGAAGUUGAUUCACGUUUUAUAUCUAUGUUUUCAACUUAUAAUCUUGUAUUUCCAAAUGAUGAUGCCUUAAGGAUGAUUUAUUCAUCCAUAUUCAAAGGUCAUUUAGAAAAAUUCCCUCCAGUGUUAUUAUCAAUAUCUGAUACACUUGUAGAAAUGACACUAUCAUUAUUUAAGAUUGUUAUUGUUGAAUUACCGCCAACACCAUCAAAAUUUCAUUAUAUAUUCAAUUUGAAGGAUCUCUCAAGAAUAUUUUCUGGUUUACUAUUAAUUCAUCCAAAAUAUUUUAAGGAUCCUAGUUCAUUGGUUAGAGUAUGGCGAAAUGAAUUCAUAAGAGUUAUUUGUGAUCGAUUGAUUUCUGACAAUGAUAUAAAACUUAUGAAAAAUCAAAUCGAGAAGCAGAUUAAAAUGCAAUUUCCUCCUACUUUUGAGGCUGACAAAGGUAUACAAAUGAAAAAGAUACCACCACGACCAGGUGCUCCACGUAAAAGGUUAGACAAAGACGAAAAAACAUCAUGUGGCAGUAGUCAAGAUGAAGGUGAAUUUAUAACAAUGGCCGAAUAUGCUCUUAGAGAUCCUAUAUUAUUUGGUGAUUAUCGAAAUGCUGUUAAUGAAUCUGAUGAAAGAUAUUAUGAAGAUCUUUUAGAUUAUAAAGCGAUUUACUUUUUAUUCCAAGAGAUUCUUGAAGAAUAUAAGGAAAGAGUUGAAAAAUUAAAUAUAGUACUUUUUGAAGAUUGUCUUGAACAUUUAACUAGGGUACAUAGAGCUUUAAGAAUGCAUCGUGGACAUGUCCUUCUGAUUGGAAUUGGUGGUGUCGGGAAACGAGCUAUAACGAAACUAGCAGGUUUUGCAGCAGAAUGUCAAAACUUUGAAAUAACAGUAAGCCGAGGAUACAAUGAACAAUCAUUUAGAGAAGAUGUAAAAUCACUUUAUAUAAAAGUUGGCGUCGAACAAAAGAAAGUCGUAUUCUUCUUUACAGGAUCUCAAGUUAUUGAAGAAGGUUUUCUAGAACUAAUUAAUAAUAUUCUUACUGUGGGUUCAGUUCCAGCUCUUUUCAAUGAUGAAGAAAAAGAUAAUAUUAUCGGAAAUUGUCGUACUGUCUGUGAAUCGGCUGGACUUUCACCCGCAAAAGAUUCAGUAUGGUCAUAUUUUUUAAAUAAUUGUGCUCAAAAUCUUCAUGUUGUUUUAUCGAUGUCACCGGCUGGCGAUUCUUUACGAAAUUAUUGUAGAAAUUUUCCAGGUUUAAUUGGCAGUACAUCAAUUGAUUGGGUAUUUCCAUGGCCAACACAAGCUUUGUUUGCGGUAGCUGAAUUAUAUUUAUCAGAACAUCCAAUGAUUGGUGAAGCACAUCGUUUAUCUAUAGUGGAACACGUUGUACAUGUUCAUAGCAGUAUUGGUUUUUAUACAUCUGAUUAUUUACAGAAGUUACGACGUCGAAAUUUCGUUACACCUAAACAUUACCUUGAUUAUAUAAACACAUAUAUAAAAUUAAUGGAAGAGAAAAACAGUUCUAUAACAGCACAAUGUAAUCGUCUUCAAGAUGGUAUAAUGAAAAUAGAUGAAGCAUCUGCACAAAUAGAUAUUUUAAGUGCAAUUGUAGCGGAACAACAAAAAAAUGUUUCUAUUGCUAGUGAAAAAUGUGAAUUAAUGAUCAUUGAUAUUGAUAAAUCAACACAAAGUGCUAAUACAAAAAAAGAAGAAGCAUCGAUACAGUCAAAAGAUGUUGAAAAUAAAGGUAAAAUAAUUGCUGUUGAAAAAAAAGAAGCUGAAGAAGCAUUAGCAGAAGGAUUACCAGCAUUAGAGGCAGCACGGGAAGCUUUAGCUGAUUUAGAUAAAUCUGAUAUAACAGAAAUUCGUAGUUUUGCAACACCGCCAGAACCUGUUCAAAUAGUAUGCGAAUGUGUUGCAAUUUUAAAAGGAUAUAAAGAGAUUAAUUGGAAAACAGCUAAAAGUAUGAUGGCUGAAAGUAAUUUUUUACGAAGUUUACUUGAAAUGAAUGCCGAAAUUUUAACAUCAAAACAAAUAUCCGAAUGUCGUAAACAUAUGAAAUUAUCGACUAAAUUAGAUGAGAUGCAAUCAAUUUCAAAAGCUGGUUACGGUCUCUUAAAAUUUGUUAAAGCUGUAUUAGGUUUCUAUGAUGUAUAUCGUGAAGUUAAACCUAAAAAGGAUAAAGUAGAAUAUUUAAUUGCAGAAAAUGAUCUACAAAUUAAAACAUUAGAAAAUUUAAAUACUGAAAUUCGUAAUUUAGAAGAAAAGAUUAUAUCAUUAAAUGCACAAUAUACUGAAGCAAUUAAAGAAAAGGAUGUUUUAAUGGAAAUGAUGAAGGAAGCAGAAAGAAGAUUGGUUGCUUCUAAUAAACUACUGAGUGGUUUAACAUCAGAAAAAACUCGAUGGGAAAUUGAAUUAGAAAAUUUAUACAAAGAUCAAAAUCAAUUAAUUGGUGAAUGUCUUAUAUGUGCAUCAUUUUUAUCAUACACUGGUGCAUUUUCAUGGGAAUAUCGUAAAACAAUGUUAUUUUCUGAUUGGCUCAAUGAUUUACUUGAACGUAAUAUACCAAUACAAAUGCCAUUUAAAAUUAAUAACUCUUUGACAACUGACGUUGAAAUAUCAUCAUGGUCAUCGCAAGGUCUGCCACCAGAUGAAUUAUCCAUUCAAAAUGGCAUAUUAACAUUAAGAGCAUCAAGAUUUCCAUUGUGUAUUGAUCCACAAUUACAGGCUUUAACAUGGAUUAAAAAACAUGAAGCUAAAAAUAAUUUAAAAAUAUUAUCAUUCAAUGAUACCGAUUUUACUAAACAAUUGGAAAUUUCUAUUACAUAUGGAGGACCAGUAUUAUUUCAAGAUGUUGAUGACUAUAUUGAUCCAGUUAUUAAUAAUAUUUUACAAAAAAAUAUAUUAUAUCAAGCUGGUAGAAAUUUUGUUGUUGUUGGAGAUAAAGAAAUUGAUUAUGAUAAAAAUUUUCGUAUGUAUUUAACAACAAAAUUUUCCAAUCCAAUAUUUAAUCCAUCAGUAUAUGCUCAGGCUAUGGUAAUUAAUUAUGCUGUAACCCAAACUGGUUUGGAAGAUCAAUUACUUAGUGUUGUUGUUAGAGCAGAACGUCCAGAUUUGGAACAGCAGCGCGAAGAGUUAAUAGAACAAACAAGUUUAAAUAAGCAAUUACUAUCAAAUUUAGAAGAUUCGUUAUUAAGAGAAUUGGCAACAUCAGCUGGGAAUAUGCUGGACAAUGUAGAAUUAAUUGAAACUUUAGAACAUACAAAAACAAAAGCAUUUGCUGUACAUGAACAGCUUGAAUUGGCAUCAAAUACAUCAAAGGAUAUCGAAAAAUUACGUGAUGGCUAUCGCCCAGCUGCUAGACGUGGUGCAAUAUUAUUUUUUGCUUUAUCUGAUAUGUCAACUGUUAACAGCAUGUAUCAAUAUGCUCUCAAUGCAUAUUUAGAUAUAUUUUCAUUUUCAUUAAAAAAAUCAAUACCAGAUUCAAUGUUAUAUAAACGUUUAGAAAAUAUAAUUGGCACAUUGACAGAAAAUGUUUACUGUUAUGGUUGUACCGGUAUAUUUGAACGUCAUAAAUUAUUAUUCUCAUUUCAAAUUGCUACAAAAUUAGAAAUAAAUGAAGAGCGAAUGAAACAGAAUGAACUUGAAUUUUUUAUAAAAGGAAAUUUGGUAUUGUCAAAGUCAGAACGUAAAUGUCCAUCAAAAUGGUUAACAGAUACUAAUUGGUCAGAUAUAUUAAAAUUAUCAAGUGAUUUUCCAGAUCCAUUCAAAACAUUACCAGAAAAUAUUGAGGAGAAUAUAAAUGAAUGGAAAAUGUGGUUUGAUUUGGAAAACCCUGAGGAUUAUCCAUGUCCUGGAGAUUUUAAUGUUAUAUGCAAUGAGUUUCAGAAAUUAAUGUUUAUGAGAUGUUUUCGAGUUGAUAGAAUUUACCGUUGUGUCAAUAAUUAUAUUAACGGACUUAUGGGAGAGCAUUAUGUUACACCGCCUGUUAUAAGUCUUGUUGCAAUAUUUGAACAAACAAAUUGUACAAUGCCGGUUUGUUUCAUAUUAAGUCCCGGUUCUGAUCCUACAAAUGAAUUAAUGAAAUUAGCAGAAAACUAUGGUGGUGGUAUUGGAAAUUUUCGAUAUAUUUCAUUGGGUCAAGGACAAGAAAAGAAAGCGUUCGAAUUAUUGGAUGCUGCAAUAUCAUCAGGAUAUUGGUUAAUGCUACAAAAUGGUCAUUUAUUAAUACCAUUUAUUAGAUCAUUAGAAAAAUAUUUAGAGAAAGUUGAAAAUCCACACCCCAAAUUUCGAUUAUGGAUAACCACUGAUCCAACUUCUACCUUUCCAAUUGGAAUUUUACAAAAGUCCUUAAAAGUUGUAACGGAAUCCCCAAAUGGUUUAAAAUUAAAUUUACGUUCAACAUUUUUUAAAUUAAAGCAAGAAACACUUGAUUCGUGUACUCACAGUACUUUCAAGCCAUUAGUUUAUACUUUAGCCUUUUUCCAUGCUGUUGUUCAGGAACGAAGAAAGUAUGAUAAAAUUGGGUGGAAUAUUUCUUAUGAUUUUAAUGAAUCCGAUUUUGAUGUUUGCGUACAAAUUCUUGGAUGUUAUUUAGGCAAAGUUAUAGGAAAACAAAAAAUACCAUGGAAUAGUUUAAAAUAUCUGAUUGGAGAAGUGAUGUAUGGGGGACGUGUUAUUGAUGAUUUUGAUCGUCGUAUUGUUCAAGCUUAUAUGAAUGAAUAUAUGGGUGAUUUUCUAUUUGAUGUUUUUCAACCUUAUCAUUUUUAUCACGAUGAUAAUGUUGAUUAUUUUGUUCCUCUAAAAGCUAAGGAAAAACAAGAUUUUAUUGCUCAUAUCGAAAAAUUACCAAUGAUUAAUAAGCCAGAUGUUUUUGGUUUACAUCCAAAUGCAGAAAUUGGUUAUUAUACGCAAACUGUUAAAGAUAUGUGGACGAAUUUAAUUGAAUUGCAACCGCAAACAGAUACUGGAAUGGGUGGUGUGAGUCGAGAUGAAUUUAUUGAUGACAUUGCACAAAAUAUAUUAAAAAAACUUCCUCCACAAUUUCAAGUAUGGCGUAUUAAAAAAGCAUUAGCUGUUAACCUUCAACCAACCGGAGUUGUUUUAAUACAAGAAUUAGAAAGGUUUAAUCUUCUUUUAGAAAGAAUAAAAAAAACAUUGGAUUUAUUGAGAAAAGCUAUUUCAGGUGAAAUUGGUAUGGACAAUGUUUUGGAUAAUAUCUCAAAUUCUUUAUUUAAUGGACAUUUGCCAAAUGAUUGGAGAAAAUUGGCACCGGCUACACGAAAAAUACUUGGUACCUGGGUGGAACAUUUAUUGAAACGUGCCACACAAUACAAAUUUUGGGCAUCAUCUGGUGAACCAAUGGUAAUAUGGUUAUCUGGAUUACAUAUACCAGAAAGCUAUUUGACAGCAUUAGUUCAGAUUGCUUGUCGAAAGAAUGCUUGGCCACUGGAUCGGUCAACAUUAUUCACAAAUGUAACAGAAAAUAUAGAUCCUGAUGAUGUCGAGGAGAGACCACCAACAGGAUGUUACAUUCAUGGACUUUUUAUAGAAGGUGCACGAUUUGAUUUGAAAACUAUGCAAUUAGCUAGAUCUUUACCAAAGGUUUUAGUGGAAGAUUUACCAAUAUUAAGUGUAACACCAAUUGAAGCACACAGAUUAAAAUUAACGAAUACAUAUCGUUCACCUGUUUACACAACUUCGUUGAGAAGAAACGCCAUGGGUGAAGGUUUUGUAUUUGAGGCAGAUUUAGCUACAAGUGAACAUGUAAGUCAUUGGAUUCUUCAAGGUGUUUGUUUGACCUUAAAUGCUGAUUAA